AUGAUUAGUGUGGCCCCAGAAGUGCCACCUGUCAGUGGCCAUCAGUGCCAGCAGUCAGUGCUCAUCAGUGCCACGUGCCAGUGCCCAUCAGUGCCAAAUCACAGUGCCCAUCAAUGCCACAUAUCAGUGCCCAUCUGAGCUGCCUUUCAAUGUCACCCAUCAGUGCCAGUCAGUGCCACCUAUCAAUGCCAAUCAGUGCCACCUAUCAGUGCUGCCAAUCAGUGCCAGUCAGUGCCGCCUAUCAGUGCCAUCAGUGCCUCCUCAUCAGUGCCCAUCAGUGCCACUAUCAGUGUCCAUCAGUGCAGCCUAUCAGUGCCCAUCACUUAAGCCUCAUUAGCGCACAUCAGUGAAGGAGAAAAAUCACUUAUUUACAAAAUUGUAUAACAG